UGUGUGUGUGUGUGUGUGUAGGAAGACGGAGGUGUCAGAGUCCAGUGCUGUGCUGGACUCAUUCAGGUUCUACUGUGAUGAAGACGAUGAUGAAGAUGGUGCAGGGUUGGAUCUGACUAUCAUGGAACAGACAGGACCUACGGGGACCAUGGUGAGGAAGAAGCCACCAUCGUCAUCAUCACCGGCCCUGUCCCUCAGUAUGGACACUAGUGAGGACCCGGACGCAGAGGAUGCACUGAAAGGCUUCGACUUCCUGUCUAGCCCUGACAAUAUGGACACAUCGCCUGAGUCCCGCAGCGCUGGGGACGGGACUGACUGGGAGAAGGAGGAGCAGACUGCCAUGUCAGAGGCCUGGAUGUGGACAGGGUUUGAUAACCAAACUCAAGGAGGAGUACAGGAAGGAGCGCAAGGGGAAGAAAGGGGAAAGAGACCUAACCGGUCUAAGCUCCAGGACAUGCUGGC